CAAAAUUGCAAUUGAACCAUCAUUUAGUAUUGUAAUUUUUGUUUGAGCCACUAAAACUAUAGUUACCAAUUAAAAAAAUUAAAUAAUCGACAACUUUCCAAUUAUUCAUAAAAGAAAGAAAAAAAAAAUAUAAAAAGGAAUUAUUCUCUUUCUGUUUUUGUACAUAAAGAGGAAGCAAACAAAGAGAGCCAAAAUGGUCGACCUCUUGGAAUAAUUAUUUCUACUUAAUUAAUAUAUUCACACAUAUCAUGCUUAUAUAUAUAUAUGUAUAUGAUGAGAAGGUAGAGGUGACGAUGAUGAUGAUGAUAAUGGGAAGAAGGUGUGAAGAUUGUGGUAAUCAAGCAAAGAAAGAGUGUUUGUACAUGAGAUGCAGAACUUGCUGCAAAUCCAAAGCCUUUCAUUGCCAAACUCACAUCAAGAGCACUUGGGUUCCUGCCUAUAGAAGACCUCAUCACAAACACCAAUCGCAAUCGCAACCGCCCUCUACUAGUAACCCAAAACGUAUGAGAGAACAUCAACGACUUUCAAAUUCUUCUCCUUCAUCAUCAGGUGUACAAAUUCGCACUACUCUGGGACAUUUUCCGGCAGAGUUGAGUUCUCUGGCUGAUUUCCGAUGCGUAAAAGUGAGUUCAAUCGACGAUGGAAAGGAGCAAUACGCUUAUCAGACGACGGUGAACAUCGGAGGACAUGUUUUCAGAGGGAUUCUUCACGAUCAAGGACUCGAGGAAGGGAUGAUAGAUCAUCAUUAUAAUAAAAAUAGUAAUAAUCAUCAAGAGUCACUUCAUCCUUCAACAUCUUCAUGUCCCUUGAUGACCACUAGUCCUUUUACCGAUUUCAUGUCCCGUGCCCAAUUUUCUUCGGUCCUAAGAAGAUAGACAAUUUCUAUGGAU